AUGCAGCUCACUAAAUUCGUAUACGACGAACUCGACUUGAAAAUUGACAAGAUCAAUAUAUAUAGCGAUUCGCAAAUAGCACUAAAUUGGAUUCAGUCAGACAAACCCAAAGGCGUUUUCAUUCAAAAUCGUGUUCUCAAAAUACGACGAGCAUACAAGAAAAAUAAGCGUCAAAAACUCACUGAUGCUCAGAAGGAAAAGAGGAAGAAACGAUCAAAGCAGCUGCUCAGAAGAUUUGCGGCCGGACGACAUUCAAAAAUUCUCUUCACGGAUGAGAAGCUGUUCACGGUGGAACAAGUGGUAAACAAGCAGAACGACCGCGUCUAUGCUGUCUCGAACCCGUACGCGACUGUGAGCCGCUCUUCUCACCCAGCUUCUGUCAUGGUUUUUGCAGGAAUAACGGCUGACGGCAAGACACCGCUGUGGUUCGUUCCUGAAGGGGUUAAAACCUCUUAA